GCCGUUGGAGCAAUUUUCUGAUGUAAAUUAUAUCCUUCUGAUUUUCUCGAGAAAAUGAGAGAAAAGCUGUAGAAUUGACUACGUAAAUAUAUAUAUACAAAUUUUGUUAAUCUUUAGCUCUAUAACGAUUUCGAACAAUCGUAUGUGUUGUUGCUAUUGGAGAAAUUUUCUGAUGUAAAUUAUUUCCUUCUGAUUUUCUCGGGAAAAUGGGAGCAAAGGGGAAGAAUUGGCUAAAUUUCUAUAACGAUUUUCAAACAAUUCGCAUGUGUUGUUGCUAUUGGAUCAGUUUUCUGAUGUAGAUUAUUUCCUACUGAUUUUCUAGGGAAAAAAAAAAUGGGAGAAAAGCUGAAGAACUGACUAAAUACAUAUAUUUCUUCAUUUUUCCAAAAAAAAAAAAAAAAAAUUGAAAAUUGGCUUGCUGUCUUGGUUGCUAUGAAAUUGAUGCUUUUCUUCAUAUACUUCGUUGGGCUUCUUAUUUCUUUUCUUGCAUUUUGUGCUUUUCUUGUGAUAGCUCUUCAUGUUUGCCCUUAUUAGUUGUCGAAUCCAAAGAUAAUUUUCUCUCAUUUGAAAGUUCUGGUAAUUAGAAUGGAUUGGGAUUCAGGCAUACCAGGAGAUGGAAGAUGCUUGUUCCGGUCCGUGGCUCAUGGUGCUUAUCUGAGAUCAGGAAAGCCAUCCCCUAGUGAGAGCCUUCAAAAAGAACUUGCUGAUGAGCUCCGAGAUAAGGUUGCUGAUGAGUUCAUCAAGAGGCGGACGGACACUGAAUGGUUCAUUGAAGGUGAUUUUGACACAUAUGUCACGCAGAUGCGACAACCCCACAUUUGGGGAGGGGAACCUGAGCUGCUGAUGUCCUCACAUGUCCUACAGGUUCCUAUCACGGUUUUCAUGUGUGAUAAAAAGUCUGGUCGUCAUAAGAUUGUAGCGGAAUAUGGUCAAGAGUAUGGCAAGGAAAACCCAAUUCGUGUUCUCUAUCAUGGUUAUGGACACUAUGAUGCAUUGCAGACCCCUUCUGGUGCUCCACUGUCGAAGUUGUUCAAGAAAAGAUGAAGUGAUGUUUGCACUGGAAAUUGAUUGUGAUGAUAUAUGAGCAUAUCUUGAUCUGAAUUUCUUUGCUCAUGUAUGAAGAAGUAAUAACUGAAUGUUUCCUUGGAUUUGUAAUACAGUUAUAUAUCAAUAUAUUUGGUUUUUCUUUUUCCUGA